AUGUCAAUCACCACUUGGAGAUACUUUAACUUUUUUGACGCCACCCCUAUUAAAGACCCAUCUCUUGCAGAUGAACAUACUCUUUACUCAGACCCAGGCCUAACAGCCAUUGCCCCAGGCCUAACCACUAUCUUCUUUGCCACUUCAAAUGCUACAAUCAAAGAAUUUGGACAAGACCUUACACUAAAGCAAACAUGGACAGCUUACGAUCCAGCAGUCAGUAUAUCAUAUCUCCGCUAUCUCAAAGGUACCAGUCUACUACUUUCAGUUGGCGAACUUUCCGGAGUUGGUCCCGUCAUUAAGCUUUGGAAUUUGGAAAAACGCGACAAGAAAACAGGCUUCCCUCAUCUUCACUCUACAGUCACUGUUUCCAAUGGUGAUAAUAUUUCUCCUAUUUCUGCCUUCGACCUGACCUCCGACCACACAAUGCUCGUUUUUGGUUUUGCCGAUGGCACUGUUAUUCUUGUCCGUGGUGACAUUGUUCAUGAUAGAGGAGCCCGCCAGCGUGUAGUUUACGACAGCAAUGGGCCUGUUACAGGGCUAGCCUUUUACGAAAACAAGACGGAAAAUACCGCCACUCUUUUUGUAGCAACUGUCAACCGCAUCUUUACUGUGUCUACAACAGGAAAAAACAAUGGUAAACCUGAAAAGGUUCUUGACAAGACUCGCGGUGCAGACUUGGGAUGCACAACUUUUGACCCUAUCAAACAAAUGUUUGUUGUGGCCCGCUCAGACUCGGUCUCUUACUAUACCACUACAGGCCGCGGGCCUUCUUUUGUCUUUGAAGUUUCGAAAAAACGGGUUUUUACUUAUAAACAAUAUGUGGUCAUGGUUUCCUUUGGAGGAACUCCUUCUUCUGAAAGUGGUGUUUCUCUCAGUAACCUGCUUGGCUCGGUCGAUGAACUUUAUACCACCUCGAGACUACUUAUUGUAGACGGAGCCAACCAGUACAUUGCAUAUACUGGCCAAAUUUCCGGAGUAAUCAAGGACAUUUUUGUCCAAUGGAACAAGCUUUUGGUGCUGGGCGCCGAUGGCGUUUUAUACCAAUUUGAAGAAAAGUCUCUCCAAGCCCGUCUUGAUAUUCUUACGGGGAGAAAUCUCUACGAUGUGGCCAUUCAACUGGGCAAAAGCUUGAAUAUCGAUCAUGAAAUGAUUUUAAAAAUUGAAAAGGACUUUGGAGAUUAUUUGUACAAGAUUGAUGAUGUGGUCGAUGCUCUCCCCCAUUACAUCCAAGCCAUUGAUUUGGGGAAAACUAGUGAAAUUAUUUUAAAGUACCGUGAAUCACAGUACAUCAACCAACUGACGGAGUACCUGGAGGCUUUACAUGACAAGGGAUUAGCCCAAAAGGAGCAUACAACUCUCUUACUAAACAGUUAUGCCAAACUGAAAAACCACAAAAAGCUUCAAGAGUUUAUUGAAAACGAUUCCAACAGCAGCAAGUUUGACUUUGAAACCGCCAUUCAGAUUUGCCGCCAAAGUGAGUACUACGACAUGGCAAGUGAGCUGGCCAAAAAGAUGGGAGAAUCUCAGCUUGUUGUGCAAAUUAAACUUAAGGAUUUACAAGAUUACAAGGGUGCAUUGUCAUAUGUCCACAGCUUGCCUGUUGAUGAGUGUCUGCGCAUCUUGAUUCAAAAUAGCCGUGUUCUACUAAACAAAUUUCCCAAUGAAACAACACUGUUGUUAAUUGACUUGUUUACAGGGAAAUACGCACCCAAAAAUGAAGUGGUAGCUACUAAAGAUACAACUCCAGAAGCCAAAGACGACGACUCGACUUAUAUUGCUGCGCCGGUACUCCAAAGUUAUCGUGCCUUUGUUAACUACAUGUCAUUGGCAGCAAACGAGGAAGAAGAAGCAAAAAAUCAGACAGUAGAGCCUCCAACAUAUCAGCCCCCACGACCUCGGCUUAUUUUUUCAUCAUUUGUGGACCACCCUAACGAGUUUGUCAUUUUCCUUGAGGCGUGUCUUGAAGCAUAUGAAAGGUUUUCUGGUAAUGAAAAAGACCGAAAAGAUAUUCUGAGCACCUUGUAUGAAAUGUACUUGGAGUUGUCCAAGAAUUCUGAAGACAAAAAGGAGUGGGAAGACAAGGCCAAAGAACUUGCGACGGAAUCAGCCAAAGCGUUGGAUCCAAAUACAAUUUUACUUUUAUCCCACCUAGCAAACUUUUCCGAGGGAGAACUUUUUACCAAAGACCAAGAAGGAUUUCAAACAGACCUGUUUCGGUCGUGUGUUUCCAUGGGUGAUGUUCCAGGAGCAAUCAACGUACUAAAAAAAUAUGGCGAUUCAGAACCUGAGCUAUACCCAUUAGCCCUUACUUUCUUUACAUCAUCGCCUUCCAUUUUGGAAGAAGCUGGUGAAGAAUUUCAAUAUGUGCUUAACAAAAUUAAAGAUGAAAAGCUCAUGGCACCAUUGCAGGUGGUCCAGGCACUUAGUGUCAACUCAGUAGCCACUGUUGGCUUGGUAAAACAAUACCUGAUUGACUUAAUUGAACGCGAAAAGUCUGAAAUUGAUACCAAUCUCAAACUUUCUGCAAGCUACCGAGCAGAAACACAAGCAAAGCAAGCUGAGAUUGAUCAUCUGCGGCGUGACCCGCAGGUUGUCCAGUACACAUCAUGUAGCGCGUGUGGAUCUGCUCUCGAUUUGCCGGCUGUGCAUUUUGGAUGCAAGCACUCAUUCCACCAACGGUGCUUACAUUCUGCAGACGAAACAAACCCGAGUUGUCCCAUCUGCUUGCCUGCAGUUGAAGCCAUUACUGCAAUUAGAAGAGGCCAAGACGAUACAAGUGAUCGAUAUGACUUGUUUAAAAUGGCCUUGGACGAAAGUGAAUCCAAGUUUAAGGUUGUCACAGACUUUUUGGGCCGGGGGGCCAUGGAGCAGGCUCGAUAUAUACUGAGGUGA